CAGUUGGGAAGAUAUUGUACGUGAAAAUAUUGUGCCCUUCCAGGACCGUCAGCAAUCCAUUCAAGCCAACAAGUUUGGAGAGAAUGUUGAGUUAAAUCAAUUCAGAACGUCGAGAUGGAGCCCAACUCACUCAAGUGGGUAGGCUCACCUUGUGGCUUGCAUGGACCUUACAUUUUCUACAAGGCAUUUAGAUUUCAUCUUGAAGACAAACCAAGAAUUUUGUCCCUUGGCGACUUUUUCUUUGUAAGAUGUAAGCCAGAGGAUCCGAUUUGCAUAGCAGAACUCCAGCUGUUGUGGGAAGAAAGGACGACCAAGCAACUUUUAUCUAGCUCUAAACUUUAUUUUCUCCCAGAAGAUACUCCCCAGGGAAGAACUGUCAGUCACGGAGAGGACGAGAUCAUCGCCGUCUCUGAGAAAGUCAUAGUGAAAUUGGACGACCUCGUGAAAUGGACGGUCUGCGAUUUCUCCCAGUGGAAGUGCGGCCUGCGGGCCAUUCCGCUCAAAUCCGCCACGCUCAGGGAUCUGGGGAGGAACGGCCAGUGCGAAGCCCUGCAGAAGUACAGAGAGUCCACGCUCAACAGCGGCCUCAACUUCAAGGAUGUCUUAAAGGAAAAGGCGGAGCUAGGCGAAGACGACGAGGAAGGGAAGGUUCUGGUUCUCAGCUACCCGCAGUACUGUCGGUACCGGUCUGUCAUCGCCCGUCUGCGGGAGCGGCCGUCCUCUCUGCUUACAGACCACGUGGUGCUGGCACUUGGCGGCAUCGCCUCCCUUAGCAACAACACCAAGAUCCUGUACUGCCGCGACACUUUUGACCACCCCACUCUCAUCGAAAACGAGAGCAUCUGUGACGAAUUUGCGCCCAAUCUGAAGGGCCGGCCCCGGAAGAAGAAGCCCUCCAUCUCCCAGCGACGCGACUCGCAGAGCCAGAGCUCGGGCAAGGAGGCCAGCGGCGCCGAGGGCAAGGCUCCUGCCAAGGUGAAAACCGACCCCAAGGCGGCGGUGGCCAAACCCAAAAACGGCGGCGGCGGCUGCAAAAAGGCGGCCGCCGAGGAGAAGCCCAAGGUGGAGGCAGGUGAGGAGUGCCGGGCGGACGAGCAGGCCUUCCUGGUCGCUCUGUACAAAUACAUGAAAGAGCGGAAAACGCCUAUUGAGAGGAUCCCAUACCUCGGGUUCAAGCAGAUAAACCUUUGGACUAUGUUUCAAGCUGCUCAGAAACUGGGAGGAUAUGAGCUGAUCACAGCUCGCCGACAGUGGAAAAAUGUAUACGAUGAGCUUGGCGGCAAUCCUGGAAGCACUAGUGCUGCCACAUGCACUCGCAGACAUUAUGAAAGACUCAUCCUCCCGUACGAGCGAUAUACUAAAGGGGAGGAGGACAAGCCCCUCCCCCCCGCCAAACCCCGAAAGCAGGAGGCCGGAGCCCAGGAGGGGGGAAACAAGACAAAGGUGGCGGCGGCGAAGAGGCCCAAAGAGGAACAAAACCAGAAGCCCAAGAACGAGAAGGACGCCGCCGCGAAAGACCUGGACGUCUCGCCGGUUCCUGAUGAGGAGAUGAGCAGCGAGGCCUCCGAACGGGAGCAGGAGGCGCUGAAAGAGGAGAGGAAGAGCAGCAGCGGAGAGGAGGACGAAGAGGAGCUCCAGCUCACUGUGAAAGAGGAGGCCGUCCCGGAGAAACCGCCGCACCGCGCCCCGCCCUGGGAGAACGGCCCCCCCGAGCGGGUCCUCGGAGACCCCCCGCCCCCGGCCGAGCUCCGGGAGGGGGUCGACGCCGAGCCCACCGCUCCCAAACCGCCGCACUCCUGCCCUGCGCAGGACGACGCCUCCGAGCCCGGGGCGGGGUACGCCGCGGGCAGCGCAGAAGCUGCCGGAAAUACUGAGACCCACAACCAGGUGGGUCUGGUGCUGCCCACCCUGAAGCAGAGGCCCCCGCCGGCCCUCCCGCCCCGGGACCCGCCCUCGGAGAAGGAGGACGCCCCCGGCAGGGACGAGGCUUGUUUCGGGUACCCCCCGGCGCUGUACCCCAGGGGCAACCCCGGAAUCAUGUCCCCUCUGGCCAAGAAGAAGAUGCUGUCCCAGGUCAGCGGCACCGCCCUGCCCAACAAUUACUCCUUCGGCCCGCCCCCGCCGCUAAUCAACAGGAAGUGCGCGAACGGCGGCCCGGAGGAGCCAAACGGCACCGCGGGGCCCCUGGGGCCCGGAGCGGAGCCCCCGAUGGUCAACCGGCCGUCGGUGAUCCAGCACGCGCAGAGCUUCAAGCCGCGAGGGGCGGAGGAGAGGAAGGCCCCGGGCGAAGCCUGCGACCCCGCCCACGCCCCGCCCCAGCCCCACCCCCAGCCCUGCCCGGCCGGGGACCCCUACCUGCUGAGGGCCGACCCCCACGAGGGCGCGGAGAGGAAGGUGGCGCGCCCCUCGCCGGCGCCCAGCUUCCUGUGCGACUUCUACUCCUCCCCCCACCUGCACAGCCUGUACCGGCAGACGGAGCACCACCUGAGCAAGGAGCAGCUCACCUCGUACCUGAGCCGGGAGGCCCCCUUUUGCCAGGACGGCGAGAGGGUACCGGGCUUCCCCCCCGCCAAGUACCCCGAAAACCACGGCCUGAGUUACGGCGCUCAGCUGUGUCAAAACGGCAAGGCGGGCCCCGGAGAGAGGUCACCGGACGACCAGCCGACGGACUUGAGCCUCCCCAAGCCACCCCCCCACAGACUGCCCCUUCCCAAGCCCUCGGCGUGCAGGGCGUCCCAUUCCAUGGCCCAGCAGGACGUGGGCGCCCCCCCGCUCUUUCAGACGGGCAACGGCCAGCCCUCCGGCCUGGACUACCACCCCAGAGCCUGCCGCGUCCCGCCCAUGACCAUGUCUGCCCCGAAAAAACCCGCUGACCCCCCGCCCAGGGCUGGAGCCAAGCUCCAGAACGGGCGGGGGGAGGACGUUGCGGGGUACAAGGCGGAGGAGAUGCCCCGGCCCAUCCUGGGGGCCAAGAGCGGCCCCCAGAACGUGUGCACCGCCCGGCCCCUCAAAAGGAGCCUGGAGGAGCCUGACGGGCCGCCAGAGAAGAAGAUCCGGGUGGUGACGCCCAUGCACUCGGCCAAGGACGCGGCGGGCCACGCCCGGACCCCCGACCCCGAGGGCGAGGGCAUGAAGCCGGCGGAGCCCGCGCACGGCGUGCACGUCAACAGCUACGCCGACGGCCACAAGUUCCCCCUGCACGCGCCCAUCUUCCCCGGGCUCUACCCCGGGGCCUUCCUGUCCCAGGUGCAGGACGUGUGCGACAGCCUGGGCUCCCCCCUCCCGCCCGGGUACUCCUACCCGCUGCAGUACUUGAAGAAUCAGGGGGUCCUCUCCCCUCUCAUGCCCCCCUUCGCCAUCCAUUCCUUCAUGAUGCAGAGACAGCUGCUGGCCUCCACGGCGGGCCCUCCCCCCCUCUACCGCCACCCCGCGGGGGGGGGCUCGUACGGGGACCUCCUGCACCACAGCCUCUACCCCAUGUCUGCCCUCAACCACCAGCCCGCGUUCAGCCCCUCCCAGCUGCCCUCCGUACACCCCAGCACCAAACUGUCCUAGGCCAGCCGGUCUGUCAUUCCCUGUAGCAAUGCAGUGCAAAGCAAAGCAGCUCCUCCCCUGUUCUUUUCUGUGUCCCGUAAGCAUGGCCGCGCUAUAGACCUUAAACAAAUGGCAGAAGACCUUGAAGGUGCUUGAAUCUGGGAACAAUACCUUUUUAUUUGUGCACCAUUUUUAAUUUUUUUUUUUUUUGUUUGCCACGUCACGUUUUAUAAAUUUUGCACAUUACUCUGAACGUGGGCCAACUCGGGCAUCACAGUGUCAGUUGCUGUUGAGUCUGGGGUCAAAGGGCAAAGGUCACGGACGCAGCGUCGGCAGGGCUCGGCACGAGGGCUCCCGUCACACCGCUGGCUAUCCAAAGGAUAACACGAGUCACGUGACAAAUCAAUGCAAUUCACGGUGCAAUUUCAACAGAUCCUGGGUUUUCACUUAUUUUUGAAACACUAUGAUGAAUUGUUAUGGAACACUGUCAAAGGAGUUGUUAUAAUCAAGGUUUACUAUCGGAAAAAAGCAUUCAAUCUGCAUUUUAAUAUUAUUCCUUAUUGUGCAUUUCUUUUUAUUUAAUUGUAGAUCUGCAGUCUGGAGUUCAUUUCAAGCCUACGUGGGUUAUCAUUAGUGACUUAAUGCCAUUGAAGGCAAUCGCCUGGACCUGAACAUUGCAGUAUAACAGAGCAGUUUUGUGUAGAUACAGGCAGGACUCUCUCCUUGAAGGAAAUCUUCAAAUUCAGUGAUACAAUGUGAAGUGGCAUUCACAUGCUGUUUUCAAUCACUGUUUCCAGCCCUCCUUCACAGGUUGUCAUGUGACACAGAGGACUUUGUUGUUUACCAGGAUGAUGUUAAAUACAUUUCUUAAAUGUAGGACUAUGGAGUUUGUAAAUAGUAAAAAAACGAAAAUAUUACAACAUUUUGUAUCCUAUUCACUGGCUACUGUAAUUUCUGACCGCUCUGAACUUCAGAUAACAAAGGGUUGGGGUUUGUUCUUGUGUGACAGAAGUGCAAUGCCCAGGACUACUCGGAAGCCGAAACUGGCUUUUUGUUUUUUGGUGCGGAUGUAAGACUUUUGUUCCUUUUCUCAGAAGACAAAUUCAGGAGCCGCAGCCACAGUUUUAAGCCUUCACCGGAAAAUAUAUUUAAAACUAUGAUUCUUUUAAGGAGCACUUAACUGUAGUGAAGCACACAAACCAUACCCCCCCCCAUAGACUCUCAAUAAUCACAAGGCCAGUUGCUCUGAAUUUGUUUGCAAUGGAGGAAAAAGACGUAGCGAUGACAGCAAUCAAUGGAAAGGGUAUGUAAUGGAAUGACGCAUAAUGCAAUUUUGAAAAUGGUUGCCAACAGUGAAAACAAAGGCUUAUGUAAUUAUUUUUGCACAAAGGAUUUGGGGAGGGGAUGGGGGAGUGAGGGUGGGGGGGGGGGGAGUGUUGAAAGCAGUGAGAAUGAAAAUCUAGUAUGGAGCAAUCUUUAUUAAUGUGUCAUUGGUGAAGACUAAAUAUGAACUGAAGAAAUGUAUUCACUCCAAAAAUGCUUGGAGUAACACUCAAGGUUGCUAUGUAACUUUUUUUAAAAGAGUAAUAAAACUGUUUUAUAUGCACCAUAACAAGGCUGCAGUAUCUCCAAUUUAAACUGCAUUCAAUAGUGGUUACACAUGACUCCCAAAAAAAAAAAACUAUUGUUACCCUUGAAGGUAUUGUGAAUACUUUGGUCACAGUCAACCAUAAAUAUUAGAUAUGAAGAUAUAAAAUUGUGUUCAGUUCAUUUCUCCCUUGCAAGUUUUGUGCCUUUUACAUUUGGCGGUUAACUAUUUAACAAGUGGAUGAGCACGAUUCUUCAAGUUUUGUUUAAAGCAAAAACAUCUGGGUUUCCUUUAAUCUUGAAGGCCCCAUUAACACACAUUAUGUUGUUCUAUGCUUAGUAUAGUGUAUGAACAGAGAGGCCUGUGUUACUGGUCGAAUGUUGUUACUUUACAUUGUGCUUCAGUAAAGAGAAAUUAAUCUUCGCAUGGGUACUGUACUAGACCACACGUUCAAAGGCCUGAGUUGGAGCACAUCUGGUCUAGUUUACAAUGUUCAUUCUAACUGUAAUGAGCACGGGGAAUUUCUGGGCCCUAUAAUUAGAAUGUUUGUCGGGAGCACUUAAAGAGCCUCUCAGUGUAAGAUUGUCGUAUCCAACCGUGCUGAAGGGGUUAAAGUUCUACUGUCAGGGCUUUCGAAACACAAAUCUGUUUACCAGUUAAAUGCGUAUUUUUCUUUUUUUCAUUUUUUGCGGUCUUUGUUGUAAAUGUUGUACACCUUUCUCGGGCCUCCUCUAGCCUUGUGUUAUUGCGUUUGUACAUAGUAAAACCUGAGCUGAUAACGCUACGUAGUUUUGUUUUAAUGAUACCGAGUGACCUUGCUAUUAUAGGUUCACAACGCUACACUUACGAGUACUGAGCCAAUUAUAAACACUCGGUUUGUCUGUUUUGUACUUUGUGUUUCCAAAUUGUACUUCUUUGAGAUGCUUUUUGAUACCAUGUCCCAUUAGGUCUCCAAUCACAUAGCUGACAAAAUAUUUUGUACUUUCUGAUCCACUGUAUAUUUAAUUAAAAUAUUUUACUACCUA